GUUCUAAUGUCAAACUUCACAGACCAAAGUAAGACAAAGUUGUUUAGUUUUGGUUUAGUUGUAAAUUGUAAAUAAAACUAUACAUAAUAUUGGUUGUUUUUAAUUGUUUAUUUAUUAUUUUAUAAACAAAGAAUUAUUUAGUAAAGUUAUUAUGACAAUAAUUACCGGAAACCCUUAGAAAUACCUUCAUAAAUUUAUGGUCCGCAAAAGAUUUAUAACGAAAUGUUGGAAGAAGAAACAGCUGUGUGUAUUGAAGAAGAGUUAGACAAACUUUUAACAGAAGUCCAACCCAACUUACAAGAUGUUAUCAAAAGGAGUUUCACAAAUGUUGCUCUACAACAAACGAAAAACGGUGAACAAGUCAAGGGAGAGAGCCUUGAAGACAUAUCAUAUUUUGCUAAAAACACUCAAGUAAAUUUAACAAGACUAGAAGUAGUGAAACAACCAACAUUCCACAUGCAGUCUUUAUCAUUAGAUCUCAAAUCAAUGUCGCUAUCGUUGAGAUGUUCCCUUGGAGAAGUGAAUGUGAGAGGCUUGUACAGCGCCUUUAAUGAGAACCUUUAUAAUCUAAUACCAGUAAUGUGUGAAGGCCAUGUUGUAAUAUCAUUAUCAAAUAUGAUUGCCGAUGUCAAUGUGGGGUUGGCUAUUGAGAAUGAUGUAUUUACCUUCAUCAAUCCAGGCAUUGAAUUUAUUCAUGAUGAAAUAUUAGUGAAGUUAUCUUGGCCGUCACCCAAAAGAAAUGGAGGAUAUGAUUUUACUACAACCGAACAACUAGCAAAGCAUAUAGACGACCUUCCGCUUACUGCAGCAGUGUCUCUACCUCUGUACGCGCUGCUUCGUGAGAAACUGAAGAGGCAUUUAGAGCAAGUGUUACAGCAGGCCACCAGUGUCUCUGAUCUCGUGUGCUGCAACCCGAGUAUGCUUGAAGCAUAUAGCUCAAUGGUGGAUGACCUGGCACAACACGGCAACCGAGUGGUUGACAUGAUGCUCAUCAACAUGCGGAGGACUCUGCUGCAGACCAGGCGUGAAGUGUUGGAGCUGCCGCCCUUGCACGCCACCUUCUUGCACAAGAUAGGCUCAGUAUCGUUCGUGGGAAGGUUCGAGAGCGAGAACGGUUGGCUGAAGAAUCUGGCCACCGUGAACCGGAUCAGUGACGUGAGCGUCACCAGACCCGACCCCAUGAAGACCAGCUUCCGCGUCACGCUUGCUAUCAAGGACUUGCAGAUUGGUUACGACGAGUACCGUAUCAAGGCGUUGGGCGUGGGCUGCGGCGGUCGUAUCGCCGCCUCGUUCUCCGAGAACCGCGUGCACUUGUGUCUGACCGUGGGACUGUCGCGCUGGGAGCCCUACGCGCAACUCGACGACCUCAGGAUACACCAUAUGGGCGGUAUGGACCUGCACAUAACGGGGCUGGGUCCGUUGAGUGCCGUGGGCAUGUCCGCGGGCUCGUGGGUCCGUGCCGCCGGCCUGUCCCAGGGAGCGCCCGCGGUGGCCGCGCAGCUCCAGCACGAGCUUCACACCGCACUGGCGGAGCUGCAGCUGUGGGAGCUGCUGCACGCCAAACAGAACUCAACUUGACCACUAAUCUUUACGGAGGUGUUCAGGUUAAUGCAGCUGCCGGACAUUCGAAUUCAAUUUUUCAGAUAUUUUAUUCAAUAUUGGUUUUAGAGUCACUUAUUGAAUUUCAAAAACUAUCAUACAUCUCAAAGGGAUUCUUUUUUAAUAAACUUUGAGACUAAGCAUCUUAUAUCUCACGGUGAUGAGCGCAAUUGUAGUGCCGCUCAGAAUUUUUGGGUUUUUCAAGAAUCCUGAGCGGCACUGCAUUGUAAUAGGCAGGGAGUAUCAAUUGGCAUCAGCUGAAUAUCUCCCUCGUGUCCCUCAUUAUCAUAAAAAAAAACAAUUCGUUACAAUAAAAUUCAAGCCUAAUCGCCCCCUUCUCAAUCAGUGGUAUCAUUCACAAAAUUAUUUAUGUUAUUUUACCUCUAAUAAUUUUUACCACUUCUUUUGAAUUUCGUAGCUGCACAUCACAUUCCACAACUGCGCGUAUCACAAAAACCUUUUUGCCUCGCAGCCAUAUUGUGAAAGUCUUCUCAAAGAGACGCCGGCAAGUGUCUUAAUUCUUCUUAGAGCGCAAUAAUAUUUAUUAUUUACGACGUAUGACAGCAAUUAUGUAAACAUCUUUCGUAUAACACCUGAUGAUGUCAUAGGUGAAAUCAACAAGUUGAAGCAGAGCGAAUCCGUAGGAACGGAUUAUAUUCCUCCCGUAGUUCUAAAGCUGGCAAAAAAGAACUUCUGUAUGCCUCUUUGUCAUAUUUUCAGCCUUGGAAUCGGUUGAAUAUCCGUCCCAAUGGAAGUUGUCGAGAGUUGCCCCGAUACCAAAAAGCUCUGAUAAAUCGAAAUUUGAAGAGUACCGUCCUAUUGCAUUGUUGUCUUCGCCCGCAAAGGGUAUUUGAAAGCAGCGUCUAUGUGUUGUGAAUAAUCACAACUACAUAGACGCGCAAGUGGACAAAUACAUUUGUGGCGAACAACAUGGUUUUGGACCGAAAAGAUCUGUAGACACUAACUUGUUGUUACUAGUUGAUUUUAUCUCGUACAAACUAGAUCGUGGUUCUCCGGUUGACGUGCUUUACUUUGACUUCCAGAAAGCAUUUGACAGGGUCAAUACUGACAUAUUGUUACAAAAACUUAGGGCAAUUGGCUCUGCACCGAGACUUCUCCGACUUAUCGCAGACUACUUGCGUGACCGUCAACAAUAAUAUAUCCGGCUUGGUCUGCUCGAAUCCAAUCAUUACCACACGCGAUCUGGGGUUAGUCAGGGAUCGAUACUGGGGCCUCUUCUGUUUCUCUUAAUGAUUAAUGAUAUUCCAGGUAUGCUUGAUAAAUCUCGGUGUCUCCUUUAUGCUGAUGACCUAAAACUCUUAAAGAUAUCAAAUCUGAUCUUGAGGAACCGUAUGGCAUUUAAUACGUCCAUAUGCUAUGCCAUGACUUUCAGUCGAAAGCGGUGCCCAAUAGAGUUUGAUUAUAAAAUUGGUGGUGAUUCGAUAUCUCGACCAGAAACUAUCAAAGACCUGGGUGUCACAUCUGGGUGUCGAAUGACCGAAAGUUAACCGUCCAUGAUCAUAUUACCACUCUGGCCAAGGAAUCCUAUAGAAUUUUAGGCUUUGUUUUGAGGAAUUCUGGGGAUUUCACAUCUGAACCAGUCAUGGGGCUUUUAUUUGGUUCUUCAGUGCGCAACUAGCUAGAAACAGCUAUGUGUGGGUGGAAUCCGCAUGAAAGUACUUAUGUACUCCUUCUCGAAAAGGUACAAAAAGCUUUUCUUAGGUACCUUUACAAACGUAUGCAUGGAUACUACCCCUAUAUGUAUCCCAUAAAAUUUCUUCUGGGUACAUUAGCCUACAACUCCCUGUUAUGUUAUUUCCAAAAUAAUUAAUGCUAUACCUACUUGCGUUUUAUUUCCUUAUUCCUUCUUUCCUAUCAACAGUUACUUUUAGUAAGCAAUUAUUAAUGAAUUUAUGUAAUAUUACAUUUAAAUUUGUAUUAUCGUAUUGUGUUCUUUAGAUAUUAUCGUGUUUUACUGUUGAUAUUGUAGGAAUAUUUGUAUAUUUUGAUGGUGUUUUUUUUACGUAAAGCGGUUGUGAAGUAU